AUGCAUUCCUCCCUCACCAUUCCUCACUUGACUGUACUGGUUGCUGGCACGACUAUUGCGCUAUUUCACAUAUACUUCAGCAAUCGAGACAAUGCGCAGGCAAGGUUCUGGAAAGCUCAUCCCAUGUCAGACGCCCGAUCGGAAUGGUUUUGGUGGGCACGAGUGGUCAUGAGAUCUGUUUUCGGAAGCAAAUCUAUGGUGGAUGAUGGAUACAACACGUAUUCAUCUAGAAACAACAUCUUUGGCGCGCCUAGCAUCGACCGCGGAGCUUUCGUUGUAAUUCCGCCACAACAACUCAAGUCUAUCUACGACCUUCCUGAAUCUGUAGUUGAUGCGCACUGGACGCAGUCGGAAAAUAUACAAGCAAAAUACACAAUUGGGGAUCCAGAAGUGUUUUCACAAAGCUUUCACGUCAACGUCAUCCGUAAUCAGAUUACAAGAAGCCUGGACUAUCUUACCGCGGGCAUUACCGAGGAGAUAACCCUCGGAUUCGAGAAACACUGGGGUGUUGAUGAUAAGGAGUGGAGACGGGUAGCAGCUUGGCCAAGCUGCCUUCAAAUCGUUGCUGAAGCUGUCAACCGGGUGUUCAUUGGGGCUCCUCACUGUCGAAACAAAGAGUUUUUGGAGGCGACGAAAUGGCAUGCUGAGUGGGUUUUCUCGAACGCAUUUCUUAUCCAUGCCGUACCUUGGAUUUUUAAACCUGUACUUGGCAAUUUGAUUUGGCUGUACGGGAGAAGAGUGCGUAGUAAAUGUCUCAAACCAAUGCUGCCUUUGAUCAAAGAACGGCUGUCUAGAUUCUUACAGCAAGCAAAUGAUCCGUCUGCCGAUUGGGAUCCUCCACAAGAUGGAUUGCAAUGGCUAAUUGAAGAAGCCUGGAAGACAGGCAACGCAAAAUACAUCGAUCCAAGCCGUAUUGGACAUCGCCUUCUCAUCUUAAAUUUUGUCUCUAUGCAUACAACUAGCUUUACCUUGGCAAAUGCUUUGCAAGAUCUUUUCAGCGAGGUCCCAAGUAUUGGAAGUGUAGAAGACUUGCGCGAGGAAUGCGCCCGUGUCUUAAAAGAGGCUGGAGGCGUCUGGACGAAAGAUGCGGUAUCGAAGUUACAUCUCGUUGAUUCAACGAUUCGAGAGUCUAUGCGAAUCUCUUCCUUCUCUAUUCUUGCUCUUCCUCGACGUGUGGUAGCUGAAGAAGGCAUCACCAUUGAUGAUGACGUGCACAUUCCUAAGGGGAUCUAUCUCGCAACGCCGAUGGAUGCCAUCCAUCUUGACGCGAAGUUCUAUAGCGAUCCAACAAAAUUCCAUCCAUUCCGCUUCUGCCAUUCGUCCCAUGUACAAGGAACACGAACACAGGAGUUAUACAAAAACAGAGAUGGAGAUGCUACGAUGCCGCCACUAGAUCUCGACAAGACUUCCGCAAAAGCGAAAUCCACAGUCACACUGGAUGAUAAGUUCUUGUCUUUUGGAUUCGGUCGCAAUGCAUGCCCGGGGAGGUUUUUCGCCCUCCAUGAGAUAAAGUUGAUGAUGGCGCAUAUUCUUCUGAACUACGAUAUACAAUAUUUCAAAAAAAGGCCGGAACAAUUCAAGAUCAUGUGGGUGCAGCUGCCCCAUGAAAAGACUCAUUUUACGAUCAAACGCAGGCUAGGGACGAUUUGA